AUGGCGACUAAUCUCUUCACUUUUGCCCCCACCAGCAUCCGUGCCCGUGCCUCCUCCGCCGACAAUAACCGCCGGAAAACCUUCUCCUCCUCCAAUUGGUGGGCCCCGGUCUUCGGAUGGUCCUCCGAACCGGACUACAUCGACUCCGGCAACAAAUCCAACCCUAAAAACCUAGCCGACGGAGUUUCAAAAUCAGAUCCAGAGACGAAAUCGUCGAGAAAUCGAUUUUCCCCCGGCUGCUUCACGGAGUCGAAGGCACGACAACUUCGCCUGAUGACGAUGGAAACGGAAUCAUUUCACGAUGUUAUGUACCACUCAGCAAUCGCAUCUCGUCUCGCUACCGACUUCAAAAGUCGCGGCGAUUCCUGA